CUUUAACCGGCUCUCUCAAUGAUGGAUAUACUCGAAGACCAGGGAUAGCUCUCUCCUUGGUCACCUGAGACGAGUUUUCUACGGAGCUUUGGGCUCUGACAUGGCCAGCAGAUUAUCUAGUGCGACGCGUCCAGAUCAUAUAUUGGCAGGUCGUGCCACUCUCCGUCUCUCAAAUUUCUCCAAUAGUUCUCUCCGCCUUCCGACUUUACCCUCUCAACUUUCGUCUCCCAUAAGCCUGACUGCGAUCAGGGCUGCAUCUGGAGCCAGCCUGAUCAGGAGAGGUGCUCGGUGCUCCAAAGAACCUCUUUCCUGCCCUAGAACCGUCUCCGCAACGGUUGGCCGGUUCCAGCUGCACUUCUCCUUCGCCGCCCGAGUCACACGAGACGGACAUCUCCAGCCUUCACCGUCGCUGCACUCACGGCCAUUCUCAAGUACAGCGCCAAAGAAGAUGGGGGCUACAAAGAUCGAUGGGAAGGCCAUUGCCCAGAAAAUCAGGGAACGACUGGCAGCGGAGAUUCGACAGAGACAAAGUGUGAACCCGCGGUAUAAACCAUGCUUGAAAAUCAUCCAAGUCGGUGAUCGACCUGAUUCGACCACUUACGUGCGAAUGAAGCUGAAGGCAGCUGAAGAAGCGGGUAUCGAUUGUGCACUGGUUCAUCUACCAGACUCAAUUUCAGAGCCUGAACUAUUACAACGGAUCAUUGACUUCAACAAUGAUCCUUCUGUCCACGGUAUCCUCGUUCAAUUGCCCAUCCCCAAACACCUUUCCGAGCAUACAAUCACCUCUGCAGUCGUGGACGAGAAGGAUGUGGACGGGUUUGGAGCUAGAAAUAUUGGAGAGCUCGCAAAAAGAGGCGGCAAGCCUUUCUUCGUCCCCUGCACCCCGAAGGGAGUCAUGGUGUUGUUACAAGAGAGCGGUGUCGAUCCCCGGGGCAAGACGGCUGUUGUCCUUGGCCGUAGCGACAUCGUGGGUAGUCCGGUCAGCUAUCUCUUGAAGAGUGCCGAUGCCACGGUCAUUGUCUGCCAUUCCAAAACCAAAUACAUCGAAGAUGUUGUCAAACAAGCUGAUAUCCUGGUUGCCGCCAUUGGCCAGCCGGCAUUCGUCAAGGGUGACUGGCUCAAACCAGGAGCUGUGGUCAUCGACGUCGGCACAAAUUACAUCCCUGAUGCCACAAAGAGCUCGGGACAGCGUCUCGUUGGAGACGUUGAAUUUGAGUCAGCUGUUCAGGUUGCUUCACAAAUCACGCCAGUCCCAGGUGGUGUUGGUCCUAUGACAGUUGCGAUGCUCAUGCAGAACGUCGUCGAUUCUGCUUCAGCUUACUUUGAGAGACUGAAGGCAAGACACGUUACUCCGUUACCGAUCAAGCUUACGAAGCCCGUACCGUCCGAUAUCGAAAUUUCGAGAUCUCAGCAUCCCAGGCACAUCACUCAAAUCGCUGCCGACAUUGGCAUUGCACCUCAUGAGUUGGAACCAUAUGGUGCUCACAAAGCCAAAGUUGACCUGUCAAUUCUUUCAAGGCUAGCGCAUCGUAGGGAUGGAAAAUAUAUUCUGGUCAGUGGCAUUACUCCAACUCCACUCGGAGAAGGCAAAUCCACUACCACAAUGGGUCUUACGCAGGCCUUGGGCGCUCACCUGGGAAAAGUGGCAUUUGCUAAUGUUCGACAACCAAGUAUGGGACCGACUUUUGGCAUCAAAGGUGGUGCCGCAGGUGGUGGCUACAGUCAAGUCAUCCCCAUGGAUGAAUUCAACCUUCAUCUGACGGGUGACAUCCACGCGAUUACAGCAGCAAAUAACCUUCUGGCUGCAGCUAUUGAUACACGCAUGUUUCACGAAUCCACACAAAAGGACGGGCCAUUGUACAAAAGACUGGUGCCCAGUAAAAAGGGCAAGCGCGAGUUUGCUCCGGUUAUGCUUCGCAGACUGAAGAAGCUAGGAAUUGACAAGACGAACCCUGACGAUCUGACCGAGGACGAGAUCAGGCGUUUCGCACGCCUAGACAUUGAUCCGGAGACAAUCACUUGGAGAAGAGUCCUUGAUGUCAACGACAGACUCCUGAGAGGCAUUACCAUCGGCCAGGCUCCCACCGAGAAGGGCCACAGCAGGCAGACAGCUUUCGACAUUUCUGUCGCAAGCGAGUGCAUGGCCAUUCUUGCACUCAGCAACGACCUGAGAGACAUGCGGGAGCGGCUUGGUCGAAUAGUGAUUGGGUCUUCAAAGGCUGGAGACCCUGUCACUUGCGACGAUAUUGGCGCUGGCGGAGCCCUGACUGCUCUCAUGAAGGAUGCUAUCAAACCCAAUCUCAUGCAGAGUUUGGAAGGGACCCCGGUUUUUGUCCAUGCUGGGCCAUUUGCAAACAUCAGCAUUGGUAACAGCUCUAUCCUAGCCGACAAGUUGGCGCUCAAGCUUGCCGGCACGGAACCUGAUGAAGAUCACGAAGCCAAGGCUGGCUUUGUCGUCACCGAAGCAGGCUUUGAUUUUACCAUGGGCGGUGAAAGAUUCUUCAACAUCAAGUGCCGCAAUUCCGGUCUUGUUCCCGACGUCGUUGUCGUCGUUGCUACCAUUCGAGCACUAAAGGUCCACGGCGGCGGUCCAGAGAUCCCCGUAGGAUCGGCGCUGCCGGAAGCAUACCGCACGGAAAACACCGAAAUGCUGCGCGCCGGCUGUGUCAAUCUCAAGAAGCACAUUGCCAAUGCCAAAUCCUACGGCAUCCCAGUAGUUGUGGCGAUCAACAAGUUCGACACCGACACGGAGGCCGAACUCAAAGUCAUUGAAGAAGAAGCCCUCGCCGCCGGUGCAGAGGCAGCCGUGCCCGCGAACCACUGGGCCGAAGGGGGUUCCGGUGCCGUCGACUUGGCCAAGGCCGUCAUUGCGGCCUCGUCGAAGCCCAAGGACUUCCAAUUCCUUUACGGCCUGGAUGGUACCGUUCAGGAGCGCAUCGAAAAGAUUGGCAAGGACAUGUACGGGGCCGGAAAGGUCGAGUUUAGCGAGCUGGCCCAGAAAAAGGUCGACAUGUACACUAGACAGGGCUUUGGGAACCUGCCCAUCUGCAUUGCAAAGACUCAGUACUCGCUGAGCCACGACCCGGCCCUCAAGGGAGCGCCCACGGGUUUCACGGUCCCAAUCCGGGACGUCAGGCUGGCCGUCGGCGCAGGGUAUCUGUAUGCGUUGGCCGCGGAUAUCCAGACCAUUCCUGGUCUCCCGACCGCGCCGGGAUAUUUGAAUGUCGAUGUGGACCCGGAGACUGGCGAGAUAGACGGACUUUUCUAGAUGGGCUUGUGGUGGCCGCGCUUGAGCAAAAAGAAAACCCCCCGGGAUUAACAGUACUACGUGUGGCAUGCCUUUUUUGACGACUUUCAACAACUCUUGAGAUACCCCAUUUCAACAAUCAUUCUAUAGGUGGUAGAUAAACAAAAGAAACCAAAUCUAUUGGAUUCAGUCCUAUUGAUUCCCGGGUC